AUGCAUCGACACGAGAGAGUAACUAUCGACGACGAUGAUGACGACAAUGAUGAUGAUGACAACGAACAAAGUGUCAAACAAGAGGUCACCGAUACAAUCGAGAAAUUUGUUCAAUCUCGGCAUGUGCAAACAUUGAAGUAUUUACGACAUGUUAUCGAUGAAAAUCGCCAAUUGAGACUGCAUAUCGAUCGAUUGAAACGAUAUCAAGAUGAACGUUUGCCACCACCACCGCCACCGCCACCGCCACCAACAGUGCAAGCACAAGCUAAUAAAAUUGAUACUGAAGAGAUAUCAACCGAAACUGAACCGAUUCCGGAACAGCAGCAAGAAGAAAAUACUAUAGAAUUCAAUGAAAACCUCACUCAAGAAAUACUAGAAAAACCAUUCGUGAAUAUCGAACUUGUCGAUCAAGCAACAAACACUGAGAAAGAUGAAUCUGAAUCUCAGUAUAAUCUCUUGAAUGAGGAAUUGACAAAUUUAAAAAAACAACACAAUAUCAAUCGUGAAGAAUUUCGACGUGAACUCGAUCGUGUCGAUGCUCAAAAUACUCAGUUUGAAAAAGAUCUCAAAUCGACCCAACAACAGUUGAUUAUUGCUCAACGACGAAAUCAAGAGAAGCAAGCCGAAAUUCACAAUCUCGCAACUUCACUAGCUGACGAACGAUUAACAAAUGAGGCUUUAACUAUUCGUGUGAACAAUCUCGAUCAAACUAACGAACGGUUAACACAAUCAUUCAAUCAAUCCGAGAUAAUUCGAUUGGAUCUGGAAAGUCAAGUGCGAGAACUUCGCCGAAUCUUCCAAGAGGAUAAACAAAAAUUGUUUGAGAUCCAAGUUGAAUGUCGACAUCAUGAACAACAAGUGCAAAUAUCUGAACAGGAAAUUGCUUCACUAAAACAGAAACUUGACGAACAAUUCGACAAGAACCAACAGUUAAAUGAUGAGAAUGAAGUUUUGAAAGAAAAUAUCAAAUAUCUGCAAAUUCAACUACAAGAUAAAGUUCUUCAAGAACAGGAAUUUAAUCGUGAACGACAACUGAAUAGUAAUUUUAAAGAUUUCGUUCAAACUAAACGAGUUCUACAACAAUGUCAACAAGAAAAUGAACAGCUAAAGGUUGAAAUUAGAAAACUACAAUUGAAACUUGUAAAUAAAAAUGACUAG